AUGCUAUACGCCGUAAUCGUUAUCGGAUCCUGGCUUAUGACUACAUGCGGAAUUUUUGUGUUCCUAACAUUAUCCAACACAGGGAAACCAGCUGAAUACGGAAGAUACAGUAACCCCUCUCCAUCAAAAUCGAUGAUUCCUGCAAAAUUGGCAUGGAUGACUCAGGAAUCACCAGCUUUCUUCAUUCCAUUCUACUUCUACUGGACGGAUCAACAUUUGACAGAAUAUGGAAAGUUUUUGACAUGUGUCUUCCUGUUUUAUUAUGCGUAUCGUACGUUUGCCUACCCACUUCUGAUUAGGUCGAAGAAUGAAACUCCUUUUGAAAUCGUAUUGAUGAAGUUCUUGUUUUGCAUAUUUAAUGGAUUCAUUCAAGGAUCUUGGAAUGCAUAUUAUCAGCCCGAAAUCGAUAAAUUCCAUCCAAGAUUUUUUGUUUUCUUUGGAAUAUGGCUUUUUGUGAUUGGGUUUAUAAUUCACUGUAUUUCGGAUCUACACUUGAUUUCUUUUCGAUAUAACUUGCCUAAUGACACCUAUAGUAUCCCUCGCGGCCAUCUGUUUGAGUAUAUCUCAUGUCCAAAUUACUUUGGAGAAUGUCUUCAAUGGAUCGGAUAUGCCAUCUCAACUCGUAGUUUUCCGGCAAUCGCUUUUGCGUUCUUCGUAGUUUGCAAUAUUGCUCCAAGAGCUGCAUCGCAUCAUGAAUGUUAUAAAAAGAAGUUUGGCGCUCAGUAUCCUAAUGACAGAAUGGCUCUUCUCCCAGGACUUUGGUGA